AUGGCUUUCCCUCCGACCCCGUCUCCGUCUACCGCACGGGGGACCCUGGCCGAGGCUGAGCGCGUCUACGCGUACUUUGAUUCCGUCGACCUUAGGUGGACGAGUGGCCCUGUACGCUUCGCCGAGGUUGGAAAGGAAGCGGUCACCUUUUCCUUUGGCACCGCCGCGAGCAGUCUCGCCGAGUUUCAGGUCACCGGCGUCGAAAUUGCAUUCCGCGAGUCGGUCUUCACCCGUUCCGCUGGUCUUCAACUGCUCAACCACGUCCCCUCCGUUGAUCCAAUCGGGGAGGUCAUCGAGGGCGAGGGCGCCGCGAUAGCUGACACGAGGAGGAAGUUCAAGGGCAAGCUGGCGGAGGCGGAGAAGUUGAUAGGGACUUUGACAGAGUUCUACGGUAAGGUCACGAGGUUCUGGAGCGCAGAGAGCCAACGCAUCUUGGGACACGUCCUUUACUCCCCUCCGAUUUUCAUCGGUACCGGCGACAAAUGCUUCACGGAGGACUGGGCUCUCGUUGAGCUCCACCUUCGAGACGUUGUCAAGGACGAGCUGCGGCAUCCGACCAUGCUCAACGCUAACGGCGAAGAGUGUCUCAUCGUCGCCAAGAACGGCAACACCACCGGUGCUACCAUCGGUCGCGCGACCGGCAUCGAAUCCUUUGUCCGGGAAUACGACGAGUACGGCAUUUGUUCGACGUCCAUGGAAGUAGCCAUCUACUUGUACAGUCAUAAGGACGGCGCUUUCUCUGCCCCCGGGGAUUCCGGGUCUAUUAUCGCUGACGCUAUGGGCGCAUCGUCGGCAUCCUGA